AGAUUUAAGAUGUUACAAAGCCAUUUUGGCUGAAAAUUGUUCUCUGAUAUGUUUGAGUAAACCUUCCUUUCGUGCAAAUGGUCUAUGAGUCCUUCAUACAACUGAUAUCCAUAUAAAAAGCCGUGAUUUGUGGAAUAAACUAGGUUAGACUGCGCGGGAAAGUAAGUGAGGCGAGGUUACAAAGCAAAUGAUCAGACACUCUGCAAGCAUGUUUCGUCGACAAGGUCUCGUGCAGCUUAAACGAAUCGCCACACGAUGUGAAGGAGAAGUGCCUCGGAGAAGCGGAAAGUGUCUCAACAGUGUACAGUUGAUUGGUUAUACAGGAGGUGAUCCAGUGAAAGGGAGUGCAGACUACCAGCCAACUAAGUUUAGCUUGGCAACAACACAAUAUUAUACAUCAAGAGAAGAAAAACUGGAGAGUAGGACACAGUGGCACAACAUUACAGUUUUCAGACCCUACUUACAAGAUACAGUUAACAGCUAUGUGAGAAAGGGAACACGUGUGUUUGUUGAAGGACAUAUAGACUACAACAACUAUGUUGACCAGGAAGGGAUCAAGAGGUUUAGCACAAGUAUCAUUCCCAAUAAUAUCAUCAUUCUGUCUCAGCCUAUGACAGUGGACGAGGAUCCUGGUUAUGAAAGCUAUCAAUAAUAAUCAUCAUUCAGUUGUGUAAAAUUGCUGUGUAUGUUUGAAAACAGUUUUAAGUCUUGGGCAGGCAAACUGACUCAAUCACAAAAAGCUUUUGGAGGCCACCUCUAAUUUCAUAGCUGUACUUAUUUGUUUAGAUAUCUUUGUAAUAUUAAAGUUACUCUCUUUCUUUUUCACCUCUAUGAUCAGUUCACUUUGCCAACCAGAAAAACUUUCUGAGUGCAAUCAACUGAAAACAUAGGUAUCAGAUGAACUCAUACCAGUGUAACGAUGAGUCUUCCUAAAUAGGAUCUUCUAAUUAAUACAGUAAGCAUAAAAAGACGAAAUACCUACAGGGUUGUUAUUCAAAGUAUUAAAAUUGCUCCACACUGAUUAGCAGAUGCUUUUAAACCUUUUGUAAUAUUUCUUAAUGGGAGAGUCUGGUUUGUUACAUGUGGUUGAGGUUGCAGUAAUAGUGUAACCUUUAAACCCUUGCAUCUUAUUUCUCCUCACAAUAUCACAACUGAAUCACACACAACGUCAUGAGGAUAAAGAAUAUUAUCACCAACUGAAGAAGCUCCUGAUUGUUAAACAAAUUCUCCUUGCCGAUACCUCAGGCAAUUUAUGCAGAAUGGUGUAGAGAAUAUGCAUAUUGAUGUUAGGGUGUUAAAAGGAAAUGUUUAGACUUUAGGUUUAAUUUCUCUUUUACAAAGUGGUGAUCAACUUCAAGAUAACAUGGUAAAAAAAUGAGACGCCUUUCAUAUAUGGAAAUCCUUAAAGUAUACUUUAGGAUUUUUGGCAUAUUUUGCAUGAUGGACAAAAUUUGCCAGUAUUUACCAUUUACCACAUUUUAAAACUGCUGUUAGAAUGUUCAAACUGAAAUAGAUAGAGCAACUUUCCUCCCAAAUAAAUUAAACCUCACCCUAGGAAUACAGGUCACAGAGUCACUUGGCCUUCAUUUGAUCAUGGUGAAAGGAGACUAAAAUUUAUGGACAUAAACAAGUUUAUGAUCCCAGUUUAGGCAAACUAUUCCAAACAAUCUGUCAGUACAAUAGAUGUGUUAAUAUGUUAGUUUGGUAUCCAGUCGUUUCGUAUCCAAAUUCGGUCGAUUUAUGCUCAGUUUGAGUCGGUCUGUGCGCCAACCGCCGGUCGACCCGUAUCCGUCCCAAUAUACAUUCGAAAUAUCUCGCGCGUGGGCGAAUCAGCCAAGCUGGGUACGAAACGACAGGGAACCGAUAGUUCCUAUCCUGUUUUAGUUUUACCUUUUACACCUUAACAUCGCGAUGCACAUUCUCUAUACCUCUCCACUCAUUCCCAAAGGUGCUGAAAAGGAGAGUUUGUUCUACAAUUAAGAGCUCUUAAAGUUGGUGAUCAUUUGCUUUAUUCUCGUGACCUUAUUGUUUGAUUCAGGAAUGAUGUUGUAAGGAGAAAUAAGAUGCUAAUCACUCAUUGGGGUCAAAGGGCCAAUCAUUGGUAUGUAACUCAAUCGUAAUUAUUAAAGCUAACUUAUAACUAUUUACAAGA